UGCGGGGGUGGUAGAGGCUGGAGGUGGCAGUGGAGGAGAAGAGGGGGCGGCGGCAAUAGCGGGAAAGCGGGGAGACGUCCUGAAAUUCUGGGUCUGCACUGGAAGAAAACGGAGCAGUAUUUGAAGGCUUGACAGAUGCAUUCCAGACUGAAAAACUACUGUAUUCUUCCUCCUCUUCCUCCUUUAGAAAAUUGACUUCUUUAAAGAGAGGUAAGAGAAGGAAAAAAGUAAGAAAAUGCUGGGAACGGAACGAGGUGUGGUAGAAGAAUGGCUGUCAGAAUUCAAGGCAUUACCUGAAACACAAAUUUCCAGUUAUGCAGCUACAUUGCACCGAAAAAAACCUCUGGUACCAGCUCUUUAUAAGGUCAUUCAAGACCCAAAUAAUGAGCUUCUGGAGCCUGUUUGUCACCAGCUUUUUGAACUUUAUCGUAGUUCUGAAGUUCGGCUCAAGAGGUUCACAUUGCAGUUUUUGCCGGAGUUGAUCUGGGUUUAUCUCCGUCUUACUGCCAGCAGGGAUAGGCAGAGUAAUGGUUGCAUUGAAGCAUUGCUGCUUGGCAUUUACAACUUGGAAAUUGCUGACAAAGAUGGAAACAACAAAGUUUUAUCUUUUACUAUUCCUUCAUUAUCUAAGCCCUCGAUAUAUCAUGAGCCCUCUACUAUUGGAUCCAUGGCUUUGACCGAGGGAGCUCUGUGUCAGCAUGAUCUUAUCAGGGUAGUUUAUAGUGAUCUUCAUCCUCAAAGAGAAACCUUUACAGCACAGAACCGGUUUGAGGUGCUGAGCUUUCUCAUGCUGUGCUACAAUUCUGCUAUUGUCUAUAUGCCUGCCUCUUCUUACCAAUCACUUUGUAGGAUGGGUUCCAGGCUGUGUGUGAGUGGCUUUCCACGGCAGCAUGAGAAACACUGGAAAGAACACUGUGGUAGAGUCGUAUUAGACCCGGACUUUAUGGUGCAGCUGCUGACAGGCGUCUAUUAUGCUAUAUAUAAUGGUCAGUGGGAUCUUGGCCAGGAGGUGCUGGAGGACAUAAUUUACAGAGCACAGCUUGAACUCUACUCACAGCCUCUGUUGGUUGCAAAUGCCAUGAAAAACUCGCUGCCCUUUGAUGCUCCUGAUGCAUCACAAGAAGGCCAGAAGGUACUGAAAGUUGAAGUUACUCCCACAGUGCCGAGGAUUUCUCGGACUGCUAUUACAACAGCUUCUAUUCGUCGUCAUCGCUGGAGGAGAGAAGAUGGCUUUGACUUCUCAAACGAGGCUGACUCAAGCAUACCUGGCUCACCGAUCCAACACGGCUCCACAGACCUAGGGAUCAAACGUGAGCAAGAGGGGGAGGUGCUGAUGCGCAGGACCCCUGAGCAUGGCUUCCCGGAGCCCACCUUGACAGAAGCCACAACAGAGGAUACUGAGGGUGUAAAUGGAAGAGAGGAAUCUGUGAACCUUAACGAUGCUGAUGAAGGAUUUUCAUCAGGAGCUUCCCUCAGCAGCCAGCCAGUUGGGACCAAACUUCUAUCAACCAUAUCCCAGAAGGGUAGCUUAAGGAAAGCAGCAAGUGGACGUUCUGCUAAGGAUAAAGAAACCUCUUCUGCAGCAAAAUCCAGUGAGAGCCCUCGAGAUUCAGUAGCUCGGAAGCAGUACAUGCACCAAUCCACUGACCUUGGUGUAGAUAUAAUUGAGAUGACACCUAAGAAACACCUCAGCCUGCCUGCUGGGCAGGUAGUGCCAAAAGCCAACAGUUUGAGUCUGAUUAGGACCGCCAGUGCUUCCUCCAGUAAAUCCUUUGACUAUGUGAAUGGCAGUCAAGCAGGCUCCAGUGUUGGUGUUGGCACAGAGGGUGUCACCAAUCUAGCAGCUGGCAACACCAAUCGGUUUUCGACUAUCAGCCUACAAGAGGAUCGACUAGGCCAAGCUGGGGAAGGUAAAGAUCUCCUUCCCCCAGGAGCUCCCCUAACCAAGCAGUCUCGAUCUCCAAGUUUCAAUAUGCAGCUGAUAUCGCAGGUGUAGCUGAUUCCCUUCUUAGGACUCCCUUUUCCCCUUAAUCCCCAGGCAAGUUCAUCCUUGGGCAAAACAAGAACCAUCAUCCCACAGUGUGAAAAUACUGUUUGUGAUCUUGUUUGAUUUGGUUUUGCUAUCAUACUGUAUCUUGUACUGAAACAGCAAUAAUUCUUCCCUCACCUUCAUCACCUCACCCCUUGUAAACAUGGUUGUGAAGCAGUAUAUAACGUACUGUAUGCCUUUUUCCAUGCCUUCCUUUCUCCUUGGGUGAUGUGCAAUCCAUCGUAGGCUGAUCAGUCCCAUUUCAACACUGUGAGACUGGAGACACCGGCGGAAAUGGUGAAUGUGAUCCCUAUGAGAUGAUGCUUUGGCUUUGUUAAGAAAUAGAAACGGGUUUGUUUUCUCAGUCUACAGUACUGCAAAGACUACUGGAUCAUGACUUUUCUUUCUCAGAACCAGGAGUGCCUCAGAGAUUCUAAUGUGACUUUGGACCUCUCUGAGCCUGUGCAAUCAGUUCUGGGGAGGGGAUUGUCAUUGCUGCUCCUGGCUGCCUACAGCACUUUUUCAUUAAAACGAGGGUAGUUUUUUCUUGCCUGCCCACAGUCUCUCAUCCCAGAAGCUUUGGAUGUUCAGCAACUGAGACAUGCAUAUUACAAAGCUGUCUCUCAGAGAGAGGGUUGUAAGUAGAUAAUGUAGGUUACAAUGCACUUCUAAUGGCGUUGUAGCCAUGUGUAAUGUUAUACGUCUUCCCCUCCAGGACACAGGGUUAUUCUGCAUAUAGGCUAGAAUUUAGACAAGACCAUGCUGGUAAAGAAGUUUGGUUGAUAAGUGGGAGGGAAACACUACUUUCCCGGGAACUAAUGGCUAGCUCUGCUCCAAUUUUUGUUGUUGUUCCUGUUGUUGUUGUUCUUGUGAGGUGAUGAUCACUGAAUUGAAAGGUGUAUUCAGGUAAAGAGUAUUUCUCAGGCUGCUUUCUAUGGUAUCAUGGCUAUUGGACACUCCCACCCCUCAGUUGUUUUCUCAGUAUCCUUAAAUUCAAUCAUGGAGUCAUUUUAAGAAUCCUGCAGUCCAGACAGACCAUCCUCUAAGGGGCUGUCUCAGGGAUCAAGACAACAGUUUGCUAGGAACACUGAAGCUUCAAUGUGAAACACUUUUCUAAAAACAUCAUUUGUACCAAGUGGUACUGACAGUCCGUUUUUCCCAGAAGGACCACACGUCACUGCCUUUGUAUUUAUAAUCCGUUAAGGUGUUGUGGGUGUUUUGUUUUUGUUUUGUUUUUAACUGUCCUAUUACUUUAGUUGAUUGGCCCCUAGUCUACAAAAUUCAGAUCUCUUGCCAUUGAGCCAAAUCUUGAAUGUAUAUGACUGGUGUAUGGGCGUGGGCUCAUACUUACGCUAGAGAACACUGCUUAGAAGCACAUGUUCCUGGUUACACAGGAAAAUGCUUGUCUUUUUUAUUUCUCUCUCUCUGUCUCUCUUUAUCUCUUUUUGGAUUGCUGGAGAGAAAAGAUGAAGGCUCAUCCUGUUUUCUUAGGUAAUGUAUAUCCUGGAAGUUUACAAAUUGUAAAGCUACAGGAGAGAGUUACAAUCUUUAUGUGGGCACUUUGGUUUCACUGUCACUGUGAAGAAAAAAAACGUAAGCAGUUAGAAAUAGCAGCUUAUCUUUGGAUGAUAGUCUUUAAAAAAAAAUCAGGACAAUGACAUGGUGUUACAGUGCUGAUGAUUGUUUUUUUUAGGUAGCUUCUGAUAUUUUAGUUUUUGGACCUCUAUUUCAAACAGAACUAAUUUUCAAAUUUACAUUAAAGCUCAUUUAAAUGUUCAGAGGAGUUUUUGUGAUUUGACAAGUCAUUUUGGCAGUCUAGUCUUCAUAUCUUUUAAUUCACAGAGAAGUGAUAGAAUCAAACAGCAUCCAGACUGAUGCCAGAAUUCAGUUAAAGACUAAGUUGAAUUGUUAGAAAGAAAACUUACUGUUUCCUCAGUUGAAGUUCAUCUUUAAGAACCGCUGCUGACACACAGAUGGGAAUUUAAGGCAAAGUCAAGAUUGCGGUCUAAGGUAGAACCCUCUGUGAAAAUCAAACACUGAAGUAUUUUUUGUAACACUGUCGGAAGCUGUGUAUGGUUAGAAGGACUACUCUUAAUUUGUAAAGAUUUAGCAGCAGAAACACUUGAUAACAGUCAUGGUUGUGCAGAAGCUUGCUUGCUAGUUUGUCUUCUGAAAGUUUACAAAAUUUGUCUUUUGUAGAGACCAUCCAAAGCGAAUUAUAUGAAAGAGCCAUUACUAUAGAUUGUUAAGGACCAAAUUAUUUGUUUAAUUCUUUGGAAAAGGAAAAUUCAGAAGUGUCAACUAGGUUUUUGAAGAAUUAUUUUAGUAAAUAUUUUUAAAAAAUGGGGUGGUUUGUUAGCAAGGUUCUUGGAGUUUGUGUUUAAUGUUGUAAGCUUUCAUUCAGAAGUUGUAGAAUGUUUAAAAAUUGACGUCAGGGCAAAUUUGACAAACUUUUAUAUAUACAUAUACACAUGUGUGUGUGUAUAUAUAUUUGGGAAAAGGUAUAUAUCCUUAUGUGCAGGAUUUUUUUUCUUUGCAUUAUACUAUUAACCUCUUUCAGGAAAAUGAGACGGCAAAUAUGCAUGCAUAAAUAUGAAUUGGAUAAAACUUUAGUCAGACUACAUUUAAAGAUAUUUUUACAGCUCUCAUCUUGAUGGUGUGCCUUUUUGUUAUGAUUUAAUAAUCCAUUGUAUGGUAUAACAAUCCAUUUUGUUUUGUUCUUUUGUAUAUUUAAUUCCCCUAUAAAGCUUUUUGAAUAAUUUCAAAUUUAUUCCUAUAAUUCUUUUUUCUGUGCGCUGAUGUGGUACAUUUAUAACUUAUCAGAAUUACCAGUUGAGGGAAAUGUUUUGUCUGUUGGAGUUUGUUCUGUUGUUUUUCAGAUGUGCACUAACUAAUACGUAUCUUAAAAAUGAAUCAUCAUUAGUAUCUACAAACCAGCUGUAACAACAGGCCUCGGCAGUGCUGUGUAUCACAUGUAUUGUUAAUGCUUUUAGAUGCCUCUCAAACGAUGCCAAGGUUUGCUAAGACUGUAGCAAAACUUUAUAUACUGAAGUUCAGCACACUACUUUUGGCAGUAAUAAAAUAAGAAAUGUCUAGAAACUGGCUGAGAGAAUAAUCGGCUGGAUUUCUGAUUAUAUAUGUUAAGCACUAAAGGAACUAUGAAACAUACUUAAAUUUUCUGACACCUGUCACAAAUAUUUAGAUUUAAAUCUCUUUAUUCUGAAUUAAUUCUGCUGUGACUGGUUUUAGUACUUGACAUGAGGCACUAAUUUUAAUCUCUACAGUAUUUCAGUGCAGCUGCAGCAUAACAAGAGAUCAAAAAGCAGAACGCUACAUUUUUUUCCAUGUAUGCGUGUCUGCAUGCACUUACAGAUAAUUCUUAAGUGAGAAAGUGUGGGUGUUAUAUGUGGGUGUAUAUACACAUAAAAGUAAGGAUAAAUGAAUUAUCCCUUGAUACAAUUUUUACCACAUUGUGAUAUACUGCCAUUUUGUUACUCAUCUUUUUUUUCUUGGACGUUAUGAUUUUAGGAAAAUAUAAAAUAUUGGGUUUGCUAAUUCAAACUUUGAUUAGCUUUUUCAGGUGUUUAUUAUAAGCAGCUUUUUGGUGGAACAAGGAGCCAUUUUUUCAUCCUACAGGCAACAAAGUGAUGAAGUAAAAAUACCUGUUAAAAUGAAUAUUGCAAGGUAAAGAUUUAAAUUGCAAUAUUAUCCUUUCAGUUUAGAUUUCAGUAUAUGGAAACUUUGUACAUCACUGUAUAUCUUAAAUACGGAUGUCUUUGAACACCCUUUCUGAUGUGAAUUUGGAAAGCUUUUUAAAAAUAUACUUCACUCUGUAAUGCUGAACAUCAGGUUGCAGCAAGAAAGUAUCAGAUCUAGUAUUUGUAGUUUGCAAGUAUGCUCGUCUUAAGUACUUAAAUCCAGCAUUUCCAACAUACUCUUGCUAGCUUUAAUGUAAUUAAAUUCAGCUGUUUUGGCAACAAAAUAGUGAGAAAUAUUUUGGUUUUUUGACAAAGUAUUUAUUUGCACUACUUUUGUGAAUAGUGGAGUUUACUGGGACAGGUUUUUUUCUCACCAUGUGAGGUUUACUUGUGUGUGGACAGGUACAUACAUUUGUCACGUGUUGACAAUCAAUUGCCUCAACUGUGUGUAUACUGUAUGUAAAUAUAGACAUAUUUUUCAAGAUUAAGGGGGGACCUUAAUAAUGAUAGUAAAGCUACUCCAUAGCAAGGGUGAGACUAUAUCUAAUUCCUUUUUGUCUCCAGAUAUUAUGUGCUUUGUUUCCACUUCUUUCACAAAGAUUAUUACUGUUCAUGAAAAAAAUUAACUCCAGGGAAAUUUUCCUCAGUGUUUAAAGUAUAAACACUUUCAAAAUACAAUUUUCUGAAAAAAAUAAUUUUGGAAUAGAUAAACCUAUGCUACAGCUGUAUUUUAACCUAAGAAUUCAAAUUUACUGUAUUUUUUCAUGAAGUGAUGGCUGCGUGUUUUAAGUGUUCAGGUACUUUAAUUUUGUCACAAACUGGACAUUUUUGUUUGUUUUGGCUUACAAAUUUAAAUUACUUUGAAGUCCAAGUGGGAAACAAGUGUUAUGCAAGAAAGAUCCUAAAACUAGGUACUGUAGUAAUAAUCCUGGAGGAGGUGUGGAAAAUGUAAUGAAAUAUGUUUGAAUGAAAUGAGUUGCACACAGAACAAAAAGAUGCUCUUGAUGUUCCUAAAUCUAAUACUCUCAUCCUUAAAUUGUGCAAUUCUCUUACGGCCAAAGAUUUUGCUACCUUGGCAUGUUUAAUAUAGUAUUAAAUCCAUUAUCUAGGUCUUAUUUAUAACAUCUGUUUAUAAUAUAGGAAUAGUUUGUGUGAGAACAGUAAACAUGCUUUUUGUGCGUCUUGUUUAGGAUGAUCACAGAACUACAUUUGCAAAGUAUCAAUCCUUUCCAAGCUUGGUUUAAAAAAAAAAAAAAAAAAAAGAAAAAAAAAAGAAGAAGGAAGAAGAAAAAGGAAAUUUUCUCUGUACAUGUAUUGCAUUUUUUUUGGUUUAUUUCAUUUUUCAGUGCUUUAAAUGCUGUUUAUUUCUAGCACAUGGGCCUUUAUCUCCCUCAGUUAUUACUUAGUUUGUUUUUCCUUUGGCAGUUGGAUAAACUUGACUGUAGAAAGCUUUUCUAGAGGUGAUUUGGGGAGUAGGGGGGGAGAUCAUGUGUGUGUGUUGUUUUAGUGAAUAUAUAAAAUUCUGUCAAAAUUUUCAUGUCAUGACCAGCUGAAGAGCCAAAGUACUCACCUGCCUCUUACCCAGUGAUGGAGGACACUGGAGAACUCUGUGUGACUUGGUCCAUUGCUUGCAAUGACCAAGCAAUGAAUAGAUUUUGAAAGGCUGAUAUGGAUGAUGACUUCCACAUAGUCAUUAUAAAAUUUUAUUUAAAGUAAAUCUUUGAAAGCUAGCUAUUUGGGGUAAACUUGCCAGGUAAGUUUGGCAUGUGUUAAGGCCUGCUAUCAUGCAAUAUAUUAAUAGUUCAAAAGCAGGCUGCAGAAGUCUUAAAAGCACCUCACAGCUUCCAGAAAUGGAUUUAGUGAAAAUCUUUGCCAGACUAGGUGGCUGUAUUCUAAAUUUAAUUAAAGAAAAUGACAAACAGUUCCUGUUUUCAUUAUUUGAUUUAUUUUCUCUUGAAUUAAAAAGGGUAACUUUUUUUUGUUUUUAGCUAUAGACAUCAGAUUUUAGUGAAGAUUGAAUUUGAGGAUCUAAUUCAAUUAAAAACAGGUCCAUACAUUGGCUCUUCUGUCAUAUUGGAUUAUUAAAAUCUGUGAGGUGGUGCUGAUGGGAAGAGAUAUGGUAUAAAACUUUGUGUCUGUAGAGUAAAACCUUGGCUUACGUUUUAACUUGUGCAUGAUGGAAAAAGUGAUCAGGCCAAGUUUUAUUAACUGAUUACUUUGUUGUGAGCUCCUGCUUAAUGUCUUACAGUCAAUAAAAUGUAAUUCAGAGCAGGGUAUCUUUAAGUUACUUUCAAGUUCCAUUGGAAUUCAAAGUUUGGCUCUCAAGGAUGAUUAAUUACCCAUUAAAAUGUGAUACAGAACUUGCUUUUUUUGAGCGGAAAAAAUGGGGUGGGGAGGAAGAUUUCUGAUGAUUUAGGAACAUCCUCUGGAAAAGUAACAUUAUGGUACUUUAUUAUGGAAUGUUUCUCACAAGUAAGAUGUUGAAUCCAGUGUGAUUGGGUCCUUGUCCUCCCCAGAACUGACCACAAAAAAGAAAAAUUAGUAGGAAUGAAGCAACUUAUUCAAAGAGAAAUUUCCUUUCCUCUAAAAUAAGUAGGACUUGGGAGUGGUAUUAAUGCUUUUAUUCAAGUAGUUUCUAUAGCAGUGCUAGACUUUCAUGUUAUUAGUUCAUGAAAAAUCAAGUGUUAGAAAUUUCGUGGCUUCAAAUACACAGUAGAUGUGAGUUAGCAAUCACUCAGGAUAAACCACUUUUCAAAGUGUUAAUAGUUUGUUAGUGCUGGGAUGUGUAUGUGUGUUUUUGUGUGUCAGUGUUCAAUGAUUACUUUGAAACAAGACUUCUUACUGUUUUCUUGCAGAAAGUGCGUAUUUUUGGGAAGGAUAUUACUAGCUGGUUAUUUAUGGAAAAAUUCCAUAUGAUUAAAUACAAUUGAGUCAUUUAACUCUUUUCCAUAUCAAGGAUUCCAGGAAAAAGCUAAUAAACACUUUGAAUAAUUAAAUCAGAUACUCUUAAUACAUUUUAGAUUUCCUAUGGUAGCUUUUAUCUGUUACAAAAAAGCUAAACCAAGGUAUACCCCAUGCUGCGUUUUUUAAAUUUGUAUUUCCUCUACUUGACAGUGAAUCUUUUGAUUUGUAUUGUCCUUGUAACAAUACAGGAUAUGCAGUCAGUUUUACUGACAAAAAAAAAAAAAAAAAAAAAAAAAUCUGCAAGGGUUAAAAGAUUAUUUUCUUACUUCUUCUGUCAUACAAAGUUUGCUUCUCUGAACUGAGGAUUUUUACUACUUUAGCAUGAUGUAAUCUUAUCUCUGUCAUAGAAGGGAGCAUAAGCAGCAAGUAGCCCACUUCUUGUGGACAAAUAGGCUAGGUGAAAGAACAUGGAUUAGUGGUGUUGGAUCCCUUUUCACCAGGAAAACCCUGUGUGUUGGUAUGAACCCCAAACAUUCAGGAUUCAGUACUGGUGAAGGACUAAAAUGGGUUUUUAAUAACCACAAUCUCUGCUGUACGGUGUCUUUUUAACCUGGGACCAGGGAAAAAUCUUCAUUCUUAGACCUGAAGAUGGCACAUAUUGAAGAUCAUGUUAUUGGUGCAUGUAAGCCAUUAUCUUAAUUGUCUUACUGAAUUAAUGCUGUUGACUGUUGUUGAAAUGUGAAAUGUAGUUACUAUUGACUUUGUAAAUACCUGCCAGAGAUGAAAUAUAAUUAUUUUAAAUCAUUGUAAAU